CGUUGGUGUUCUUCCUGGUCGCUGCCUGAGUAAUCGUCAUCUCUGUUUUCACGUUAACAUUGCGUGUAUCGUGCUUGAUCCAGACAGCGGGUAAAUCAAGAACUGCCAAGAAACGAUUUAUCGGUACAGCGUGCGUGACUCUCGUCUAGACACCAUGGAGUACGCCACUACCUGUAUGGUGUGUCUGUCAACCUACGGCCGUAAAAGUGCACAGCCGCUGGUGUUGCUGUGCGGCCAUACUAUAUGUCGAUGCUGUGUGACGACAUUGAUAAGGACUGGCCCUCGCUGCUGCCCCAAGUGUAAGAAGGAGCAUUCAUUCCACGCCUUCAAGAACCUGCCAGUGAACUACGACCUCCUGGCGGUAGUGGAGGAGUACACCUUGACCAGGAAGGAGGUAUGCAGCUCCCACGAGGAACAAAUGCAGUACUGGUGCAGGGAGUGCCAGCAGCCUCUCUGUGGACAGUGCCUCCUCCGUGGCCACCUAGAACACGGCCAUGAGGUCAUCACAGCAGACGUCUCCAUCCACGAACAGAAAAAUGACCUAAGAAACCACGCAAAUCACCUUCAAAAAUUAUACAGUGAAGAUAAACGCAGAACCACGAGUAGAUUCUUGGAAGCCAUCAACAGUGUUAUCCAGUUGUGUGGACGCUCUGACAGCCUCUAUGAACUUAACAAAGGUGUGAACGAUACCUUCUCCAAAUUUAUCAGCUUCUCAAAUUUUGAAACUAUGUCGUCGUCUAAAACCCAGCUGAUGACGCUUGAAUCAGAGGCGAGAGCAAAAGGUCUCUUGCAGGAUGUAGACUCCGAGUUAUCUGGUUUAACUGUUUCGUCUGCCUGUCAUCUCGCUCCUUCUGAGGGAGCUUCUGGGUUUACCGACAAAGAGGAACCGACAAUUUCUUCCAGUCAAGGAGCAGCUCCUACUGGCCUAGAGGUACCCUCACCUAACCAAGGGACAACUUCAACUAGCCAAGAGGCAGCCUCAGUUUGCCAAGAGGCAGCCUCAGUUAGCCAAGAGGCAGCUUCGGUUGGCCAAGAGGGAGCUUCAGUUAGCCAAGAGGGAGCUUCAGCUAGCCAAGAGGGAGCUUCAGCUAGCCAAGAGACAGCCUCAGUUAGCCAAGAGGCAGCCUCAGUUAGCCAAGAGGCAGCCUCAGUUAGCCAAGAGGGAGCUUCAGUUAGCCAAGAGGGAGCUUCAGCUAGCCAAGAGGGAGCUUCAGUUAGCCAAGAGGGAGCUUCAGCUAGCCAAGAGGGAGCUUCAGCUAGCCAAGAGGAAGCUUCAGCUAGCCAAGAGGAAGCUUCAGCUAGCCAAGAGGGAGCUUCAGCUAGCCAAGAGGGAGCUUCAGCUAGCCAAGAGGACACCAAACCAACGAGAGAAGUUUUAGGCGUGACUGACAUUGAGGAGGGAACAGACAAUGAGGACCAGCGUAUGUGGCCCCUAACCUGCUGCGUUCUCGUAGAUGAAGCUCGGCAGGCAACUUUAUCCUGGGAGCAGGGGAAAGUCCUCCUCUCAGCCCCUAAGGACAUCACGGUGGACCCCCUUGUCACGAUUAAGUUGCCAGUGAUUGAGGAGUUGAUGGACAAGGAAAACCCUGAGGUGUUCCUUGAGCUGAGUGUAUUGUACCGCACCCUCGGCCGUGUCCACAUCAGGUUGAGGAGCCACACGCACCUGGCCAAGCAAUUCCUGGCCUUGUGUAUUGGCAAAUUGGGUCCUUCCUUUCUCGGCUCAAAGAUGAUUCGAGUUGACAAUAAAGACGAGGGCGGAGAGAUGUUGGUGGGCGGACAGUAUAAACACCCGAACCCCCAAACGAGCACAUACAUCUCGAGAAGACUGGUAGAGAGGAAAGCGUGGGAUAACAACCCCAUCGUCCACUUGAAGGAGGCGCUGGUGGUGGGGUGCAGUGGAGGAUGUCCCAAGAGCGACACCGUGUUUGGCAUCUGCACGAAGAACGGGACAGAGAAGACAGGAGAGAACCCGGUGUUUGGUCAGGUGGUGUCUGGUAUGGAGGUGGUGAGGGCUGCUGUUUCGCAUGAUCCAGUGUGUGAAGUGUUCAUCAGCAACUGUGGCCUCGCGGUGUAAUGGCUCCCUUGGGGUAUAAACAAACUAGAAUGUUAAGAGGAAUCCUGAUGUCCCGUGUACGCCAUGCCUCGCAGCCGCUGGAUUUAAAUCACCGUAACCUUAGUGAGGUGACAUGUUAAGGUCAUCAGAGUCAAAACUAAAUAUAUCUUGAACAGCCUCAGUACUCCUCAUGCUGGGCAGUCUCCACAGUGAUAGCAACAUCAGUGUAAAAGGCGAACACUGACCCACACCUAAUCCAGAUACGAACGUCCUGUGUGUAUGUGUGUGUAAAUUAUUUCACCAUUGUCAGACAAAAGCACAUGUUCUCACAAACCACAUUAACGGCUCAAUAAUUCCAUCCAUCUAUCACAAACAAGCACAACCGCAAUGUAAAUAUUAGUCUUGAUGUUAAAUAAAAACGCCCCCUACCGCUCACACACGAAGAAAUUUACAUUCCCUUCAUGGUUUUUUACCUUAUGAUAAUUAUCCUAUUUAUUUGUUUCACAUUCUGUAAGUUGGAUUGUGUGUGAAUGUAACUGAAUGAAAAUAAAUAUGAAGAAAGUUAA